AUGGACAUGGACCUCUCAAUCAAUCCAGAUGCGCAUGGAAAGGAAAUUGAAAAGCUGACAUUCAAGACAAAACAUCAAAAUCAGUGUGGAAGCAAUGAACAUGGUGUUGAUAGUGAGUCUCUAUUAUAUAUUCUGUCUACCAGCAGACUAAAUAGCUAGUUUAACUUUCUCUAUAUAAUGGAUACUAGUGAUAAAACAUCAUACAACAUUUUCUGGUUUUAUUUGUUAUGCCGUUGCCGUCUUUCAUUUUUGGUAAAUAUGAUUAGUGUUUACAAACUGUGUAAUAGAAAGAACGAUCUCACAUAUUACCAAUUCUCAUUUUAUUUUUAAGUAACAGAUAGGAAAUCAUGUGAACUAUGUGGGAAGGAAUACAGACAACAAAUAAUCGAUAGCAACCCCCAUGAUGUGAAGAGCGAGAUAUCUUACUCAUAUUGUUCUUGCUCCAUCGCAUAUGAAGAGGAUGUGCAGGUAUUCCAUAUAUCAGACUUUAUUACCUUUAAAAAAAUAAUUGUUUUUCUGUACAUUCAUUAAUUUUUAAAGCAUACGGUUUCAUUUAUACAAACAUACCGUUCAAGCUUUGAAGACUACAUCUUUUGCCUUGGUACAGCUAUCUAAUUUUGAAAGUUGCACUUUUCCUAGUUAAUCAAUAAAGAUAUUGUAUUGGCACAUUUUUAUAUGUCAUUUGCAAUUAUCAAAUACAUUUUCAGUCUUGAACACCAGCCAUAGCAAUAAGUGGCAACCCUGGUGGUCCAGUGGUGAGUAGUAUAGAUCUACAACCUGCAGCUCCUCUGGCUGCAGGCUAUCUGCGACAACGCUCAGACAAGCAUGCUCACGGGAGGAACUGUCUCCCAGGUCCUCUCUCCCUCCUGCCCUACCUCUCUCUAAUGAAGGGCCUUUGGUCGGUGAGGGAGAUCUUUGACUCCCCACCGUCCCGAGACGGCCCAAAACAAGUAAGCAUGGCCACCUAUCCAUGGGCCGGCAGGGGAGAUCAAAGGAUCUCCUCUGUCGGCCCGGUACAUGGGCAACACUGGGGGCCCGUAAUGCUUGUGGCACCCCCGGGCAAGUGCCCAUUGUGUCCAUGCGGAAGGACUGCCCUGAUUGCACUCACUCUUGGUUUAAAUCACAUCGCCCAGAAAAAUAUUUUUUGUCUUUUCUUUGAUACUUGCUUCUCUCUGUCAGAGUAUCUUUCAUUCGCCCACAUACUUUUCAUUUCCAGUCAAUGGUUUCCUAUUGUAUUCACAGUAUAUUAAAAAUCUGAAGAAUUGCAUAUGGCCCUCUCCUAGUGUGUAAAUCAAAGGUGGACUGACCAGUUGGGUACUAUGCAAUGGACCAAGGGCCCUGACACUGGAAGAGUCUGUCCUCUCUUUUGUGGUAAUAUACUGGAAGAGGACAUGGCAGCUUUCCCAGUGUGCCAGGGGGGCACAAUUUAGCAUACUGUACAUACUAUACACCACUAUAUACACACUAUACCCUUCAAGACACACACUCACUAUAAUUCCUGUACACAAAGUGUACACAUACACUACACAUGCUAUAAUCCCUAUAAACACUCACUGUAUCCUGUAUACACACUCACUAUAACUCUUAUACACACACUAUACCCACAAUAUGCCAGGUGCAGACCAUGAGUAGCUUUCUCUACAGUUGCAGUCAAUGAAAGCAUUAGCACAGUUUGCCAUGGCAAUGUUCUGACAAGUUCUGGAGACAGUUAUUCUUGGUCUGCACCCAGCAGAUGUGCAGACAGGACCAGAUAGUCAGCAUCAUGGGAUCAACCAAAAUAAAAGAGGAGACUAUAUUUAAAAGAAGAAAAACUAUCACAACAAGAAGACAUAGUCUUAAAUUAGAGGCAAAGGUUUAAAAAAAAUAUCUGGAAGUAUUACUUUACUGAGAGGGUAGUGGAUGCAUGGAAUAGCCUUCCAACUGAAGUGGUAGAGACAGGGCCGGUGCAAGGAUUUUUGCCACCCUAGGAAAAAGUAAAGUUUGCCGCCCCCCACCCCCCCAUGUGACAUCACAAUGCCCCACCCAUAUGAUCUGCCAUGUUAACUAACGCCAGUGCUGGAGUGCCGCCGUGUUUACAUUAAAAGGCCUGCAGGGACAGGCUAAAGACACCAGAACCACUACAUUAAGAUGAAGUGGUUCUGGGGACUAUAGUGUCCCUUUAAUGUGAGGUAAAUUAGAGAUUAGUGACACGAAUAAUAUACUAGAUUGCCUACUUACAACCAGAUGAGGAUGAUGAUGGGCUCUAGCUGCAGUCUGGCUCCACUGGUCUGGUGUAGAACAGGCUCUCUGGAGGCGGUUUGUAACUGUGGUCACAAAAAUCAAUGUUCUGGGAGAACGAGAAGCAGCUCCAUUUUUUGGGGCCCUUUACACAGCUCAAGGUUUGGGUCCCAGGGUCCACCUUCAUGUUCCACUAAUGAGUUUGUUCACAGGGGGUGGAGUGAGUAGGGGAUGUCCUGAUAUGUGUGUAAGGAAUGCAUUGUGUGAAUCUGUGUUUGUAUGUGUAAGGGCUGCAAGGUGUGUUUCUGUGUAUGUACGGGAUGCAGUGUGUGCGUCUGUAAGGGGUGCAUUGAGUGUGUGUAAGGGGUGCAUUGAGUGUGUGUAAAGAAUGCAUUGUAUGUUUCUGUGUGUGUAAGGGAUGCAUUGUGUGUAAGGGUUGCAUUGCUUGUGUGUGUGUGUGUGUGUCUGUGUGUGUAAUGCAUUGUGUGUUUUUCUGCAAGGGGUGCAUUGUCUUUGUGUGUAAGGGGUGCAUUGUGUAUGAUUGUGUGUGUGUGUGAUGGAUGUCAAUCUCUCCCCCCUCCCUUGUUACUCUCUUCUCCCCCUUUUUCCCUCUCUUCUCCCCCUCAUGGACGCACCCGCCCGGGCAAAGCUGCAGCCACCUGAGGCUCUCUACAGAGCGCUUGGGCGGCUGCAGCAUGAGGGAGACCGGCGCUCCUGGUGGCGCCCCUUCCCAGGGGGCACCCUAGGCUGCUGCCUAACAGGUAGAGGUUAACACAGUGAAGGAGAUUAAGCAUGCGUGUGAUAGGCAUAAGGCUAUCUUAGCUAUAAGAUAAGGCCAGGGACUUUAGAAAAUUGGGCAGACUAGAUGGGCUGAAUGGUGCUUAUCUGCCGCCACAUUCUAUGUUUCUAUGUGCAAUUAUAACACUGCCCAUAACCGGGGCUUUAGCACUUCGUAAUGUUCAUGCAUCCUAAUCAAAACAAAAUAAGUAAAAAUGCUAGCAGGUCCCAUCAGCACAUAUGCUUUCCCUUAGAUUAGAUUAGAUUAGAUUAGAUUAGAUUAGCAGAGCUUUCCAAGGAUGCAGAUCAGGGACAGAGCCAGCACAAGCCACACAUAGUCCUGGCCAAUCAGCAUGCAUCUCUAUGAGGAACAUUCAGUGUCUCCACACUGUGCAACACUGCCCCAGAGAGCACCUCUAGUAGCCAUCUGAGAAGGCUGUAAUGCAAACACUGCCUUUUCCCUGAAAAAAAACUGUUCACUGCAAAAAGCAUGGAGGGACUCAUUAUGCUCACCAGAACAAGUACAAUAAGCUGUAGUUGUUCUGGUGACUAUAAUGUCCCUUUAACACUGUCACAGGAAAGGUACAGUAACCUAAUAAUAGGCAAAGAGAGAGUCAGUAAACAUGCCAACAGUCAAGGGUUAUACAGUAACACAUAAAGGUCAUCAUAAAUGAGCCAAGGUCAAGGAUAACAGAGAGAAGAAAAAUCAAGGACAAGCCAAAGUAGAUACCAGAAAAUUAAACAGAAUACAAGUUUACUAAUAAAAGCUCUAAUAUAAUCAAAACAGAAACCAAUACAGGGCAAGGCGUUGUCUGUCAGUUCGGGUUUAAAUAGUAAUAGGUUAACAUUUAAAGGUCUAUAUCAUAAUUGCAAUAAGAUGUUUUCAACACCACCAUCCCCCGUGAUUGAGUGGUUAAGCACUUCAUAAAUUCCAAACAAUUUAACAACCACAGUGAGAGAGGUAGAUAAUGGAGAUGGGAGAGGGACAUGGGAUUCAUAGAGAGAAAGUGGGACCCCUAAAUGAAUUAAGGAAAUGUAGAGAGACCCAAACGUAUAUAGGAGGAUUACUGCAAAAGGAAACAAAAAUGUAGGGGAGAUGGAGAGAGACCCAGAAGUGGGUGACGUGAGGAAGAAAAUUAAAAAAAAACAACAUUUAGAGUUACACAGAUACAGAUGAUACCAAUAAAAGAAACAAAAAUAUUCCAGAUUUUGAGACCACUGAAAUAAUAGUCCUAAAUCAUAAUACUAGAAUGCUCAAGAUACUUUAUUAUGCCAUAUGAAGACUGGAAGCAGCAGAGGACAAGUACAAAUUGUUUACAAUGUGCCUGUGGGCACUUUAUCAAAUGGCAAUGUACAUUUAACAUAAUAAACGAUAUGCCUUUCUCUGAUAUAGUUCUGAUAUACAUCCAUGUCAGAUCUGCAAAUAUUUACUUACAUGGUUUUUAAUGUAUUAUCUUUUAUCAUGUAUGAAGAUGAGGGUUAACUUCAGAUACAUUGUUAGAGAAUGUUUAACUUUUAAGGGGCCAAGUAUGACAGCAAUUUCAAUUAUUUUGAUCUAAAAUUUGCAAUUCCCUUGCCCAUUCUUCCCAACGUCUGCUUUAGUAAAUAAACCCUACAAUGUUUCAUUAUGUGUGCUGUCAGAGAAUACCUCUACUGCUCGCAGUCUUGAUACAAACACCUAAGACUGACUGGUGACUCUGUUUUAGAUCAAGAAAACAACAGAAAAAGACAGCAGAAAAUUUAAGUGUGCAGAAUGUGGGAAAGCUUUUAAAUUUAAACAUCACUUAAAAGAACAUAUUCGAAUACAUAGUGGUAAGUAAAAACUGUAUAUUUUUAGCAACGCAUUGCAUUACUUAUCUAUUAGAUUGUACGGUACCAGAGAAUGAUUUAUUUUCAGAUUAUGAUCAUAUAGAAUGGACUGUAUACCAGGAUUGUCAUAUCACCAUUUUCACAAUGGAGACUUAUCAAAAAAUGCACACCAUGUGGACAAAUUGGCGCACUGAAUUCCAGAGUUUUCAUGUUACCUAACACAGCCCUUUCUUAAUAGUAAUCAAGAUUUUUUUUCCCUUAUGAGAAACAUGGAGGGUGGUGGUAUGCAGGGGUACAAGGAAAUACAAAAUAGAUUACUGAUACAGUAGCAAUCAAAACAUAGUUACAAGUUUCACAACAUGUGUAACAGGAAAAAGGAUUUUUAUAAGUUUCACUGCAGUAAGCAACACACUUUAGAAACCCAUCUGUUCUCCUUAACCAUAUCACUGACUAUAAACACUCAGUCACUGUUUUACACUUAACCCCCAAAUUAAGCAAAUAGUUGGAAGAACAUUUAGAAAUAUUUCUCGUGGGAACAUGGGGUAAAUAAAAAAUGUCAAAUGCACCCACAUGUAAGUUGGUAUAAUGGAUAAAAUACAACUUAGCUUUAGAUCAGUAUAAUGUAUACUUAUAUUUCUGUAUUUCAGGUCCUUCUCCAGACUGUUACCUGCUUCUGUAUUAUGUUAUCUCCUCAACACUGUUUGUGUCUGAUCACAUACCUUAUACACAAUUCUUCCCUCACCAAAAGCCAUGCAUUCCUGUCCACCCUACUAAGAUACAUUUCAGGUCUCCCCCUAUCCAGAUAACAAUUCCUUCUUUGCCAUCCAAUCAUAAACAUACCUCACAAGAUUAGUCACUUUUAGUCCCUUCCAGGAAUCAGACUGUUUCUCUAGACCGGGGGUAGGCAACUUUUAGCACUCUAGAUGUUGUGGACUAUAUCUGCCAUAAUGCUCUUACAGCCAUAAUGCUGGCAAAGCAUCAGUGGAGAUGUGGUCCACAACAUCUGGAGUGCCAAAGGUUGCAUAUUCCUGCUCUAGACACAGAUAUUGGGAGUAUGCUCAUUACAAUGUUAAUAAAACUUUAUCGUAGCACUUAAAUCUUUCAUCUCAAAUGUACCUUCCCAGCCAUCCUUAUGACCAACCUACUCUGGACAAUCCUCUCACACCUCUCUUAGCUCCAUGUCCUCCUCACUUCAUUCAGUAAUGAGUAACCCUAAUGAGUCCUACCUUCCCCCUUUUAAAUUAUAAUAUUUUAACUAACAUAUUUUUCCAAAGUAGCUGAGGCUGGUUUUGAUGGCUGGUCCCAAUGGCCCAAGGUGUAGGUAGAACCCAAUGUACAUUGUAGACUAGACACAGACUAUCAUCUUGAGCCUUGGUGUGGUCUACUGUACCUAAAUGUGAAAAUAAACUGGAGGUUUUCUUGACAUAACACUGAAUUGUACAAAGGAGCAGAAUUUGUGGACUGAAUGCUGCUUUCUCAUAGAUCAACACAAUACAAACAUAUUUUACUAAUAUAUAUAUAUAUAUAUUCGGUACAAUUAGAAAGUCUGAGUAUAAUGGAAAACAUAAUAGAUAAAAAUCUCAUCAGUAAGUGCAAAAUUGUAUGAAUGAAGGCGAGAGGUUAUGUUGGGGUGAAUUGGUUAAGUUUAUAGAAUUCACCAGUCACAUUUCUUUUUUUAUAUAUAGGUGAGAAACCUUAUGAAUGUUCAAAAUGCAAAAGAAGAUUUUCUCAUUCUGGAUCCUAUAGCUCCCACCUUAACAACAGAAAGUGUUUUCCAAUUGACAAUGUAACGCCUGUGGACUCUUCACCAAUGCUGUCUCGCUCUUCACAUAAUAUGAAAAGAAAAGGUGAAAGACUAAAUGAUCAGUACAGCUCACCACCAGGCUUUCAUGAUCAAAGUGUUAGGAACUGGCUAAUUUACAGUCCUGUUUCUGGAUCCCUCACAAAGCCACACAUUGCUUGGCUCAACGGUGAUAGUAAUUGUCUUGAUGGAUCCACUGAUAGGUUGUCCACUGACAUGAAAUUGGGCACAUUGAAUACAAAUUUGCAUGAGGCUCCAGAUCCUUGGUAUUUUGGCAGUGCCUGGUGCAGUAAUUUGCAACACAUCCAAGUACAUGAUAAUGGAUGGUCAGGAAAUAAUGUAAAACAGUUUGCUACACCAUUCCCUGUCUGUUUACAGAGGCCUAGAGUGAUGACCAGUGACAUCCACUAUGCCAUGUAUCCACCAGAAGCAUUGGUUCUUGGGCAUCAGAGACAAGACUCCAUGAUAAAGAACAAUACUAUUUUGUCCACAAUGUUCCAAAGAGAGUUUCAUAAGGACAAUUUAUUGGAAUCAUUACAAAAUGGUUCAGUUUGGAGUCCUGGUGUUUCACCCAGAAAAUGUUUAUUGACAAACUCACACAGUUCAGUAGAAAGGCAUCUGAAGGUCAAAAAUGCCAUUGGGAGAGACCAAUCUUUAUUGCCAACUUUUGCAAAUGUUCACGAAAUUGAAGAACAAGCUGGACUUUCAAGUGUUUGUGAUCGUAGCUGGCAAACAUUGCCAAAUCUCAGCAAACAUAUUUUCUCUCCAUGUAACACAAACCAACAAGUUCCACAAACUGAGCCUCUGGAUUUAUCAUUGCCAAAAUUAUGCAGGAGAUCGCCAACUCCAACAGCUUUUGACACAGGAUCUAUUAAGGAUGGCAAUUGCAAAUAUAAGAAGAGCAAGUCUGUGCAGUUAGAUACCAUUCCAUCAAUGAGAUGUAAUGAGCCACAAUCUGAAGCUGUAGAACUGUCAUGUAUUUUCCCCAGUGUGUUGCACAGCAUCAUCCAGAGUCACCACUCCAUUCAUCAUGCGAGCCACAAUUUUCAUGGAUUACCCCUUUACCCCCUUGUGAACUAUUUGUACGGAAAUAAAUACCCUGAGAUGACUAGCCUUAAAGAAGACCUCAUAUCUCCAGUGAGUAGUCAUAUUGUGUUCUUCAAUAACAAAUAACAGUCAGUUUGUAAAUUGUGUGCAGAGUUUUUGUAAGUGCAACAUCUAGUCUACUGAAGUUGUAAGCCAUGAAUAUACAGAACAUUAGACAGUGUUUUAAGGACAAUGGAGUAUGUAGUUGGAUUUUUAAGGUCUAUAAAAUUGCCACAUAUACUUACAAAAAUAAUGACAUAUAACAAAAAAUGAGUUUAUUUCACAUACAUCUAGGCUGAAUUAAGUGCUUUUGCAUUGCUCAUGACAGUCCUGUCAAGAACCCAUAUAAAGUCACUUUAUGGAAGCCCUGCAUAUAAAUAUAUAUAUAUAUAUGUAGGCUAGAAUGACUACACUUGCUUUUGCUUUCUUUAGAAAAUAGGUGUCCCAUAGGGGAUAUGAUAGUAGUACAGAAAUGUAUACAGUGUAGGCCCGGACUGGCCAUCGGGCACACCGGGCAAAUGCCCGGUGGGCCGCGGUGGCCAUGGGCCGAGGCCGGCAGGGGAGGUCCCAGGAUCUCCCCUGCCGGUCUAUGCAGGGCCGGCGCUAUCCGAGCGCCGGCCCCGCUGUUUUCCAUGAAGGGCCAGUGAGGGAGAUCAAAGAUCUCCCUCACCGGCCCACAUGCUGUAUAAUGCGGCCGCGGUCAGGGGGAGAGGGAGGGAGACAGCCGCUCUCACAGCACUCACACACAUAGCACUCUUUCACAGCACUCUCACACACAGCACUCUCCCACACAGCACUCUCUGACACACAGCACUCUCUGACACAGCACUCUCUCACACACAGCACUCUCUCACACAGCACUCUCUGACACACAGCACUCUCUCACACAGCACUCUCUCACACAGCACUCUCACACACAGCACUCUCUCACACAGCACUCUCUCACAGCACUCUCACACAGCACUCUCUCACAGCACUCUCACACACAGCACUCACGCACUCUCACACACAUAGCACUCUCACACAGCACUCUCUCACACAGCACUCUCACUCACAGCACUCUCACACACAUCAUACACAGCACUCUCACACUCAUCAGACACACACACAUCACACAGAGCACUCUCACACACCGCACUCUCACACACAUCACACACCGCACCCCUCAGACACACAUACUGCACCCCUCACAUACACACAGAACCCACUCAACAUACUGCACCACACACAUACACAAUACUUCCAAAUAUAUAUUUAUAUAUAUAUGUAUAUAUAUAUAUAUAUAUAUAUAUAUAUAUAUACACACACACUACACUCUUAACAUACACACUCUGGAUCCACUAUACACACACUAGAUUCCUUGUAAGCAAACACAUACUACACCCCUAAACAUACACUACAUCACCUAUAUACACACACACACACGCUAUAGCCUGUAUGCACACACUUGCUAUAUCCCCUAUACACAUUCUCUACAGCCCCUAGCCACAUAUGCAUCACAUUACACCACAAACACAACAUGACUAAAACCAACCUUAUUACACAAUACCACACCACAAUCAGCACACUCUACACACACGUAAUACCACAAGCAGGCUCCAAACACAUGCACAAUACUCUUUCCUGGCAUUUUUGUCUCCUGGUAUCUUUAUAGAAACACCAGAGACAAUUUGCAAGGAAACACAGUGCAAGCAUGUUAUUAAAUUUGCUUGCACUGUGCAGAACAAAUACAGGGCUUUUUUAUCAUGCUAGAGCUCUUCAGCAGAGCUCUGCGCAUGGUCUGCCCUGGAAGAGCAUUGAACCAACAUGCUCACUUUGAGAGGGGGCGUGUUUGUCAUUGGUGAUGACAAAACACACCUCCUCUGCCCCGCCCCCUUCUUAGUGGGCCGCUGUGUUAAAAAAAUGCCCGGGCCGAAUUUUUCUCCCAGUCCGGCCCUGAUACAGUGUGACUACAAACCACUAUGGACUAACCUGAUCAUUAGUAAGAAUAUUCAACAGACAAGAGGUCACCCAUUGCGAUGGAAAAUAAGGUCCAAAAGGGUUCAUUACAGUAAGAACAAUAAAGAUGUGGAAUUCUCUGCUUGUCUUAUCAAUCUCUAUAGGUAUUUUUUUUUUUUUUUAAAGGCCUGGAUGCUUUUCAAAAAGCAGAAUAUUCAAGGACAUUAUUAAAGGACCGCUAUAGGCACCGAGACCACUUCAGCUCAAUGAAGUGGUCUGGGUGCCAGGUCCCUCUAGUUUUAACCCUGCAGCUGUAAACAUAGCAGUUUCAGAGAAACUGCUAUGUUUACAUAUGGGUUAAUCCAGCCUCUAGUCUCAUUGACAGCCGCUAGAGGCGCUUCCGCGCUUCUCACUGUGAAAAUCAUUGAGAUGCUUUCCUAUGGAUUGAUUGAAUGUGCGUGUGGCUCUUGCCGGGCAUGCGCAUUCGGCACUGACGUUGGAAGAGGGAGGAGAGUCCCCAGCGCCGAGGGAGCCCGGCGCUGGAGAAAGGUAAGUGUUUAACCCCUUUAGCCCCCUUCAGCCUGGCAGGAGGGGGGCCAUGAGGGUGAGGGGGACCUAAUGAUCUUAUAGUGCCAGGAACACAAGUUUGUUUUCCUGGCACUAUAGUGGUCCUUUAAAUUAUAAAAUUAUACGUUCGUUGUUGAUCCAAUGAGAACUCUCUUUAACUGUCAUUAUGGAGACCAAAAUAAUUUUUACCCCCUUUUUGUGAUAUAACUAGCCAUUGCUAAUUCAGCCUUAUGUGCCAUAUACUAUUCUUAUUCAACAGGGCUGCCCAAAAGGUAGAUUCCCAAAUGUUUUAAAAUGACAACUUCCGUGAUGAUUUGCCAUUCUAAAGAUAUUCUAAAUGCAUUCAAGGCAUUAUGAGAGUUGUAGUUCUACACAUCUGGUGAUCUACCUUUUGGGCAUCGCUGGUCUACAACAUUUUAUUGUAACAGUGGCUGCAUAGAGUAUCAUUAAACAGCAUAGUAGUACAUCAGUAGUUAAACUCUCUUAAGUGAGAAAAUAAAUCUGCCUAUCAGUGAACAUGCCUCACCCACCUGACCAACAAAGGCUUCAGCACAUUGUUUACAUACUUCCAAGACAAGGUGAAAUAUUUAUAGGAAAGAGAGAUCAGAAGUCAGAUCCUCUCUUCUCCUCUUCAUGCACGUAAAUGUGUGGGUUAAUGUACGAGAACACUUAAAAAGGUAAGUGUUUAUCACAUUGAACUUAAUAAUAUAUUGGUCCCCUAACAUUCCAGGAAUUAACUUCUAAAACAUGUUCUUCAUCUUUACAAUUUUAUCUACACUUUAGGCAACCAAUGUUGCUCACAAAUCUAUAGAAAUAGUGCUGUUCUCCUUUAUUCUUUCUGAUUUCCUUAAAAUUGCUGCUAUGUUAUCAUCAUAGAUAAAUACAGAGCCCACAAGUAGCUGCUCAAGGGUAUAUCCUACAAUGCAUAGCAGACACCCACAUGCUAACAUUUGGCAGAUACUGCAUGAUUCAUAUGAGGGCAGGCUUGCCCACACACAGGGUUGCCACUAUAAGUAAAAUAGUCGGUGAAGAUUUAACGUUUGUAUUAUCCCUUGCAGCAAUUAGUGGAUUAGGAUGAUUGGAUUUCUCAUGAACCAUAAUAAUGGUUACUCCAUCACUUGUUAGGUCAGUAGGUUAUUAACCUAACUAUUUGGUACUCAAUGUUAGACCUCAGAUGGCCCAAAUUAGGCAUGAACACAUCUUUGUUUACACCAACACCAACAGCACUCAAAUGAGCACAGAUGGUUUAGCAAGAAGACAAACAUAUACAGUUGCAAGAAAAACUAUGUGAACCCUUUGGAAUGAUAUGGAUUUCUGCACAAAUUGGUCAUAAAAUGUGAUCUGAUCAUCACAUAACUCACAACAAUAGACAAUCACAGUCUGCUUAAACUAAUAACACACGAAGAAUGAAAUGUUGCCAUGUUUCUAUUGAACACACCAUGUAAACAUUCACAGUGCAGGUGGAAAAAGUAUGUGAACCCUUGGAUUUAAUAACUGGUUGAACCUCCUUUGGCAGCAAUAACUUCAACCAAACGUUUCCUGUAGUUGCAGAUCAGACGUGCACAACGGUCAGGAGUAAUUCUUGACCAUUCCUCUUUACAGAACUGUUUCAGUUCAGCAAUAUUCUUGGGAUGUCUGGUGUGAAUCGCUUUCUUGAGGUCAUGCCACAGCAUCUCAAUCAGGUUGAGGUCAGGACUCUGACUGGGCCACUUCAGAAGGCGUAUUUUCUUCUGUUUAAGCCAUUCUGUUGUUGAUUUACUUCUAUGCUUUGGGUCAUUGUCCUGUUGCAACAUCCAUCUUCUGUUGAGCUUCAGCUGGUAGACAGAUGGUCUUAAGUUCUCCUGCAAAAUGUCUUGAUAAACUUCGUAAUUCAUUUUUCCUUCGAUGAUAGCAAUCCGUCCAGUCUCUGACGCAGCAAAGCAGCCCCAAACCAUGAUGCCCCCACCACCAUACUUCACAGUUGGGAUGAGGUUUUGAUGUUGGUGUGCUGUGCCUUUUUUUCACCACACGUAGUGUUGUUCUUCCAAACAAAUCAACUUUGGUUUCAUCUGUCCACAGAAUAUUUUACCAGUACUGCUGUGGAACAUCCAGGUGCUCUUGUGCAAACUAUAAACGUGCAGCAAUGUUUUGUUUGGACAGCAGUGGCUUCCUCUGUGGUAUCCUCCCAUGAAAUCUAUUCUUGUUUAGUGUUUUACGUAUUGUAGAUUCGCUAACAGGGAUGUUAGCAUUUGCCAGUGUGACUUUUGUAAGUCUUUAGCUGACACUCUUACUUCUUCACCUCAUUGAGCAGUCUGCGCUGUGCUCUUGCAGUCAUCUUUACAGGAUGGCCACUCCUAGGGAGAGUAGCAGCAGUGUUGAACUUUCUCCAUUUAUAGACAAUUUGUCUUACCGUGGACUGAUGAACAGCAAGGCUUUUGGAGAUACUUUUAUAACCCUUUCCAGCUUUAUGCAAGUCAACAAUUCUUAAUCGUAGGUCUUCUGAGAGCUCUUUUGUGCGAGGCAUCAUUCACAUCAGGCAAUGCUUCUUGUGAAAAGCAAGCCCAGAACUGGUGUGUGUUUUUUAUAGGGCAGGGCAGCUGUAACCAACACCUCCAAUCUCAUCUCAUUGAUUGGACUCCAGUUGGCUGACAUCUCACUCCAAUUAGCUCUUGGAGAUGUCAUUAGUCUAGGGGUUCACAUACUUUUUCCACCUGCACUGUGAAUGUUUACAUGGUGUGUUCAAUAAAAACAUAGCAACAUUUCAUUCUUUGUGUGUUAUUAGUUUAAGCAGACUGUGAUUGUCUAUUGUUGUGACUUAGAUGAUGAUCAGAUCACAUUUUAUGACCAAUUUGUGAAGAAAUCCAUAUCUUUCCAAAGGGUUCACAUACUUUUUCUUGCAACUGUAUAGCCUUCAUAAAAGUGAAACCUAUAAACUGUUGGGAGAGAUUUAAGAAAUAACAUUGGUAAACUAAUGAGCAUAUUCUAGAAUAGAAACUGAAAAUCUGUUUGUAAUAUAAACCUUAUCAUUUUAACCUAAAGGGAAGACUCUUUAAGAGUGCAUCUGAAGAGGAUGACAAGAGCACAAUAAGAAGAAAGCUACAAAAGACAGAAAAUGGGUUAUAUGGCUGUGAUCAGUGCAAUAAAACAUUCCAGAAGAGCAGUUCCCUCUUACGUCACAAAUAUGAACAUACAGGUAAGAACAUUCACAUGAUAUCACCUUGAAAUAACCAUAGACCUAUACACUCUAUCAUCCAGCCUCCAUUUUUUUUUAAAAUAUCUUCCCUUUAAAUUGGGCCAUGAAAUCAUCUUGACAGAAAGAAGGCAUUGGGACCAUCCAGGAGUUUGUUGCCUAAACACUAUAUUUUACUGAAUUAAAAUCUGCAUUGUGAAAGUUGUGCUAAAAUAGUUAACAGGGUUAUCACUAAACGUGGAUUUGGUCGAGAUGGAUAAUUGCCAAACUCUUUACUAAACAUAAUUCCGAUCGGAAUUUGGACAAACCAACAGAAUACACAAUAAUCAUCAGGAUGUAUUUGGUGUCUGGUUUUAAAAAAAUCAGUGUUUUCAUUCAGAAUAAAACACCAUGGAACAAAAUAGGUACCGAAUGCAUUUAAAAAUUGCACAUUCAAAAAUUAUCGUUCACUUGCUUUUAUGCAAGCAAACGGUAAUUUGAAGUACUAUUUGCCUAUUAGUAGCAUCGUACCUGGCAUCUUACCAACCCUCGUGCUUUGUGAAGGGGCAAUAAAUCUAAUACCUGGUGGGAAAAAAAUCAUACCUUCAGAAGUCUUCUUUCUUGAGCCCCCGAAAAAGACCAGAUAAAAUUCAUUGCACCUAGAUGCAACUUAAAAACAAAAUGACCAGAAAAAAAAAACAACCCAAAAAUGUUAACUGUGUCACAAAAAAAUAAGGGCUCCGUGCAGGCUUCAUAGAGGCGUUCCGCACUUUGAAAUCAUAGUAAAGCACUCUAAUUAGUCAUCUUGUAAGUCAACCAAUUAAAGUGCUAUGACAAACAACUCUUAUCUCUUGUGAGACUUGCUUGGGAAUGUUUGCACUUUUGUGAAUACUCCUGAGUUGGAGAAUUUUCCUAUUGGACUGGAUAUUGAAAUGUUCAAUUCCUUUUUCUGUUCACCACAAUCUACUGCCUAAUUUAAAUGAAUGUUAUAAAUAUGUAUAUGUAUUUAUAAUGCCAGCAUGUUCAUCUUGCUCUUUAGAUUCAUGGCUCUUCUUUACAUAUUAAGAUAAUAGUUAAACUCACCUUUUAGCUAGCGGUGUCCUGGUCUUGUUGCAGCUGCUGAUUCAACUUCUUUUGAGAUCAUCACUAGGGUCAUCUUAGGCAAACCCAGCUUAUUCUUAGUGAAGCAUUGAUGGCCAUACUGGGCAUCCAUGCAAUUGCUUUUCUAUUUGAAGAUUUAAGUGCAUUCGCCAUAAUGCUGAACGUGAAUACAUUAAAGAAAUGAAGGUAUUCUAGGAGGAUUUGCCUCUAGUGGGAGCCAUUAGAAGCAUGCUGACUGACAAAUCUUAAUAUUGUCAUUAUUUUAAAACAGCAAUACUUACAUGUCAUAUUUAAGGGACAGCAUCUAAGCACUAAUACCACUGCAUAAAGAUGUAGUGUUUUUGGAGCUUAGAGGGUCCCUUUAAGCUAUACUCGAAAUGUUCAAAAUCAGCACUCUUUUGCAUUAAUGAAAAUUAUAAGGACAGCAAAGCUGUACUUGCCAUAGAUGAUUGUAAAUUGAAGGUUUUCUAUAGAUAUACACUGAUUAACCACAACAUUAAAACCAAGGCUCAUUGAUACAUGUGGGGAGUGAAAGCUAGUCUGUCUGGUCUGAUCACACAAAAGAGCUACUGUAGCUCAAAUUGCUGAAAAACAUAAUGCUAGCCAUGAUGGACAGAGCACACUUUGCAUCACAGUUUGCUGCAGAUGGGGCUGUAUAGUGACCCCUGUCCACUGCCGAAAGCACCUUCAAUGGGGACAUGAACUUCAGAACUGAACUAUGGAACAAUGGAAGAAGGUUGCCUGGUCUGAUGGGUCAUAUUUUCUUUUAGACCAGGUAGAUGGCCACCAUGCAGCAUGGGAAGAAGGCAGGCCAGCAGAAGCCGGGUUAUGCUUUGGAUAAUGUUCUGCUGGAAAAUCUUGGGUCCUGGCAUUCAUGUGGAUGUUACUUUGACAUAUACCACCAUAUACCACCCAACUAGAGAUUAUUACAGACCACGUACACAUCUUCAUGGCAAUGGUGUUCCCUGAUGACAGUGUCUCUUACAACACGAUAAUGCACACUGUCAAACUGCAAAACAUGACAAAAAGUUAAAGGUGUUGCCUUGGUUUUAAAAUUCCCCAGAUUAGGCAUCUGUGGGUUGUGCUGGAACAACAAAUCCAAUCCAUAGAGUCCCCACCUCAUACCCUGCAGUCCUUAAAGGAUCUUCUGCUGAAGGUGCCAGAUACGACAGGACACAUUCAGAUGUCUUGUGGAGUCCAUGCCUCAAUGCAUUUAAGCUGUUUUGGCAGCAGAUGGGGAUCUACAUGAUAUUAGGCAGGUGGUUUUAAUGUUGUGACUGAUCAGUGUAUAUUGUACUUACCAUUGUAUGAUCUUCUUUUUGGAAACAUAUUCUUUUACCUUACAUGUAUGGCUUGUAUUUUUAUCAUGCAUCUCUUAAAGGGAUCCUAUAGUGCCAGGAAAACAAACCCGUUUUCCUGGCACUAUAGGCUCUUGGAGUGCCCUCCUCCCUCUGUUCUGGAUAACAACUUCUAGCUGGUCUAGUUAAGUGAUCUUAAUGCAGUUAAUAGUUUAAUUUUAGAAACAAAUCUAAAUUAAAAAAUAUUUCAUUUAUUGUAUAUUUCUUUUGUCUUUAUAAAAAAAUUCAUUUUUAUUUCAAAACAAUGCACAUGUCACUGAUGACAUGGCUGAUGACCACAGUCAGGAAUUCAGAAGAAAAAGCCUGAUAACUAGUCAUCAUUCUGGACAGUCACCAUUGACCACAGCAAAUUAAUAUCUUAUCCAGUCUUAGCCACCAAUCCCAGCUCUUGCAAUCAUUAUACAUUUAUUUUGUUUAAAUUAGUGUCUACAUAUUAUGAAUAUCUUGGUAAAUCAAAUUCACUGCACUUCUCAGAUCUACAGUAAUUGCAGUCUAAAACAAUCAAAAUGUAUUUGACAUUAUUUUUCUGAAGAUCAUUAAAAAAGAAGUUGCACAAAAGACUAUGGGUGGUCAAAAUACCACAUGUGGGGACAGGGGGAACUUUGUCUUAUAGUGUUUAUUGGUAAUUUGCCCCUUAAUGUUUAUUUAUUAAUGGGUCUCACCAUAGGGCCAAGUAAUAACUCACAUUUAGUUUUAAUGUAGCUCCCACCCGCUGACUUUGGGAGGAGGCAUGGCAUGCUCACUCGGUGAUGGUUGUUAUUAGCGACUAGACUACAACAGCACUGAGAUGCCCCCAACCCCGGCAUAGUGUGUGAGGGAAUGAGGAAUGUUUUGACUAUACUAGUGAAAGGUCAUACUGACCCACACAGGCUUUUUUUUUUAAAUUGCAGCCAGUGGACAAAAAAAUAUUUAUCAAUAGUUUUAAGCUAUGUGCCCAUUGAAGGGAAUUGCAUAGUUAAAACCUAUAUUUUCAAUGUAAAAUAUUGGCUUUAGAUUCAAAAUGGGAAUUAAUAUUUUUCUACUCUCGUUAAGCGUUUCACUGCUGGAAUUAAGUUGAAUCAAACCAUUACAUGACUUAUUGGGAGUAGAAAAUCUGUGGAUACACGUCAUUGACUGAUAUGUAAUUCAGGCCAGAAUUAGUUAACAUGACAAAGGCGCUAUAGCAAUCGUAGGAGGCUUUUUUUUCCCACUGAGACUUUCUGUACUUCCCUUAAGAUAUUUAUAAUUUUACAUUAUUCCCAUGAAAAAACACUGUAGUCACCAGAACCACUACAACUUAAUGUAGGUGUUUAGGUGUCUAUAGAAUGUCCCUGCACUCUUAACACUGUAAACACAGUCUUUUCAUAGAAAAGGCAGUAUUUACUUUGCUGUCUAGUACACCUCUCGUGGCAGUCACUCAUACGGCCACCAGAGGUGCUGCCUAACCCAGUGCUGCACAGUGUCUGCAUGGAGGAUCCAAUUACUGUAAUUUAGCCAUUUAUACUACUUCCAGCAUGCAUAACUGGAUCAAUCUAUGAUGAUAUAAGAGUAUGCUGAAUGAUGAAAACAAGUUUGCCUUUUUCUUCACAAUAGGAAGUCGGCCACAUCAGUGCACAGUCUGUCCAAAGGCAUUCAAGCAUAAGCAUCAUCUCAUUGAGCAUGUUCGACUCCACUCUGGCGAGAAACCUUAUUGUUGUGACAAGUGUGGCAAGAGGUUUUCUCACUCUGGAUCAUUUUCUCAGCACAUGAAUCAUCGAUAUUCCUAUUGCCGUAAGGAUCUUACUGAUCUCUCAGAAAACAGUCAAAUAGUUUGGGAGGAAAAUACCACCGAUGAUAAGAAUCAUUUAAACAUGCAGACAAAUGAAGAACCAGAAGCCACUGGAGAACACUGACAGACUGUAUAACACUGGACAUCAUGAAUAAAGGGAACAAUGGUGAUAAACUGUGUAGUUUAAGAAAACUGUGGUACAAUUUUGUGAAUUUUUAAAACGAAGAGGUCUACACAUCAGUUGGUGCUGUAAAAGUCAAUGAAAUGAACAACGUCAUAGGCUUGUAGCAAGGUUUCAGAUUUUCUGCUAUUCCACUGUAACGUAUAUCGGAACUCUACAUAUUAAAUAACUAUAGUUUAUGGUAUUGUACUAUAAUGGUGCCAUAUCUCUGGAGUAAAUUUAAAUUGCGCUGACAGGGUAAAGCUUUCUUUAGUUUAAUGCAUUUGGUGCCUUUAAUGUGUUGCAAAAUCACAAGGUUUUAGAAGUGAAAUAAUCACCACGGCAGCCUGUUUCUGUGGAUUGCAUUGGUUUCCAUGGUAAUUGAUGCACUGUUAUAUAUUUGUCCUAUUUUUAUAUGAGUGACCCUUUAUGGUAGGAAUAACUAUUAUUAUUAUUAUCCACCAGCUGUUGCACUGGAACAACCACGUUUCUCAGGUGACAUUUAGUUGUUCAAUGACGAUGUAUUUGGGCACUUUCUCAACAGCUGAGAAACUACAGGUUAUCUGGUCUGUUUUAUUAUCUCAUAUUUUGUAUUUCUUUUUACUUCAGUAAUUAGUAAUAUAUUUUAAUAAUCUAUAAAUUGAAUUCAGACCAUAUAUGUCUAUAAAUAUAUCAAUCUCUAGUGAUACAAUG